AAAUUUGACAUUCGGAAUGUUGACGAUUUUGGGAAAAAUCUUCUUCAUAUUUUUUUUUAUAUUCGUAGAAGUAUAAAAUUUAAAAAAAUAAAUAUUUAACUAGGAAUCCGAAUGUCUGAGCAACAGGAAUUACAAUUGGAAGAACGUGAAGCCCUUCAAUCGAUCUAUGAAGGUGAUGACGCGUUCAAAGAAGUCAAUCCAACAACAUUUCAAUACAAAUAUGGAAAAGAUGAUGAUAUAAAAUCAUUCCUAGUUGAAAUCCAAUGGGUUAGUAAUUAUCCAAACGAAGUGCCUGUGAUUAAUAUGGAUGCGUUUUAUAACAGAAAUUUAAUCCCACCGGUAAAACAGAAAAUCGCCUCUUUACUCCUCGAAGAAGCCGAACAAUGGGUUGGUUGUGGCAUGACGUACACUCUAUUCGAAUGUCUCAAGGACAAAGUUGAUGAAAUUGUUGCCGAACAACCCGACACACCAAUCGUUCAAUCGGUCGACCUCGAUAAUGGUGUGGCGGCAAUUAAAAUAUCAGAUUCAGGCGAUAGUAAGAAAGUACCCGCGACGAAAAAAGAACAACUAACAAAAGCCCAAAAACGAAGGCAAUGGGAAAGAACAGAUCAUAAAGGAGAUCGUCCUCGAGGCUAUGAUUGGGUUGACAUAGUUAAACAUUUAUCUCAGACGGGCUACAAAGAGGAACAGGCUCUGCAAAGGGAACAAAUGAUGAGUGAGCCUGUACUGCAUCCGUUGAAUAUAUAGAACUGGGCUUGUUGUUGUUGUUCGCAUGGCGAGGACCUAGGCAAUUUUUAUAUAAGUUUAAUAAUUAUACUCAGUUGAAUUUUGCAAUAAAAAAAAGAAAAGAAUUAAUAUCAAUGGAAA